AUGUCCCAGGGCAGCCCCACCUCCCUCCUGCAUCUCUCCAUCAUCCACUGGAUAGCUGAUAAUUUCUAUUUGUGCAAAGGAAGCACCGUACCCCGUUGGCUACUAUAUGAAUUGUAUGUGGAAAGCUGCAGUCCAUAUUCCAAGUGUCAAGUAAAUUCAGCCACCUUUGGAAAGCUUAUUCGGUUAGUAUUCCCAGGUCUGGGGACAAGAAGGUUGGGCACAAGAGGGAGUACCAGAUAUCAUUAUGAUGGAAUAGCUAUCAAGAAGGACUCUUCCUUUUAUGCAAGUUAUUGCACUCUUCUGUCUAAAAAAAAUUAUCACAGGAGGUGUAUUCCAGGAAAAUGCAGCUCUGCCUGGCAGCCGAGCACCUCUGGGGGCACCAGUGGAGACACCUGCAAUUAUGGAGAUUCACCUGGUUACAUGAGCAAUAGCCAAAGAACAAGAACGAAUUUGCACUGUUCUCCAUCUGUCAUUUAUCUUAAGACUGACCAAGAGAGAUUUCAGUAUCCUUGGCCUGAAUCCAGCAGAUUCUGUCUUUGGGAGCAACAAGAGCUAGCGAAGAAAUACCCCUAUGAAAUGGUUGUACUGCUUGCCAAUGAGUACUACAGCCAUUGUCAAGUUAUUUUACAUAUGGUGAGAACGAGGGAGCUUGACAAGGUGGAAGGCUGUAUCAUGUCAUUCUGGAAGUCUCUGCAGCCUGAAAAAAUAGCACUGAUGUCCUUGCCAGAUGUAUGCCAACUGUUGGAAAGCUAUGACAGGCAGCUAUUCAAGGAAAUGGAGAACAUCCUACUUCAUGAUUUUCUGGAGGAGGUGCCGCUGCAACACAUUAAGUCAAUCAGAUUGUUCAGUAAAAAUAUUGAACUUUGGAUGGUUAAUGCUUUGGAAGACUUUCCAUUACUGCUCCAAACAUCCAAAUCUAAAGAAGUUACAGCAUUUAUAAAAAGGCUCAGGAGAAAGACAGACCUUUCUAACAUGGUUAAGACAAUGAGAACAGUCUUGAACAGCCACAGCAAAGUCACCGUUUUGCGAGCAGACUUGCAUGCUGUCAUCAAACAGGGAUUUCUGGACAUUCCUGGAAACCUCGUUCAAAAGGCGUUUAGGAGUCCGGAGGAGCCGCAGAAUGACACAGAACUCAAAUGUUUGAACGACUUAGUGUCUUUGCUGACACCUUCCACAGAUAUUCGGGUUCUCCUGAACUGUGUGUCUUCGAAUCUUCAUGCUUUUGUCAUUCAGCCAAGCAGGAAUAAAGAGGAGUUUAGAGAACUGGCAUCAGAUUUCCAGUUGAGAUGGAACUUCCUACUGAGAACAGUAAGCAAGGCUAUGACCCUCAACAACACAGAGAGUUUUGGAUCCUGGCAUUUGCUUAAUUUGCUACUCAUGGAUUUUGUGGCUCACAUUUUCCUGUCCUAUAUAGAGGAGAAGGGAGAUGAAAGUUUCUGGGUUGCAAAGCAAAAUGAGUUCCCUGUUCUGUGGCAUUACGAGCCCAGCCAUCUCUGGGGCUGUUAUGCAGAGGAGCAACAUCAAGCCAAUACUCCACAGCCAGCUUUCACAACUUCGAUGCAGAGCCAGAAUAACUUUGGAAAGAGCCAUGGUUUUCAGAGUUCUGAGUUGUUCGGUGGACACAGCCAUGGGCAGCAAGGUCAUUUUAAAAGAGAGAACUACUAAAACUUUUACUAAGUUGGAUCUUUGAGUCAGAAGGGAAGCACUUCUUAUUCAAAAAGCGGGACAGACAAUUCUUGCCUUUGAUGAACAGCAGAUUUUCAGAGAAAACCAGCCUGACUUGAAAAUUCUUUAUGCUAGACCAGUAUUACUUUCUGAUACAACUUUAAG